UGGGGGUGUCAUGGUCUGGGGCCGCAUACUGGUGGGGGUGUCAUGGUCUGGGGCUGCAUGGUGGUGGGGGUGUCAUGGUCUGGGGCCGCAUGGUGGUGGGGGUGUCACGGUCUGGGGCCGCAUGGUGGUGGGGGUGUCAUGGUCUGGGGCCCGCAUGGUGGUGGGGGUGUCACGGUCUGGGGCCGCAUGGUGGUGGGGGUGUCACGGUCUGGGGCCCCAUGGUGGUGGGGUGUCACGGUCUGGGGCUGCAUGAGUGCUGCCGGCACUGGGGGGGCUACAGUUCAUUGAGGGAUCCAUGAAGGCCAACAUGUACUGUGACAUCCUGAAGCAGAGUAUGAUCCCC